ACACAAACUUGAAACAAUAGUUGACUUCUUCGGGUCUUGAUAAACAGAAAGCUCAUGUAAAAUCCCCCUGGGAAGAAACAGAAAUAUUGUUACAGAUCACGAUGGGUAGCCUUGGAGAGGAAGAGCUUGUCGAAAUGGUCAGAGACUACAUGGAAUCAGAUCAGUCAACUACUCCCGUUUCACUGAAAACUUCAAAGCCUCUCCCCGGAAAGUCUCAAUCCAGUUUGCAGGAUAUUAUUUUGGAGGCGAAAGAUAUUGAGACUCAGGUUCUUGACAAAGUCUUGAUGUAUGUUAGAGGUAUGGGGGAACCCAGUAGUCUCAAGAAAUGGGUGGUCAUGAGAUUGCAAAUGGAUGGUUAUGAAGCUUCUCUAUGUAAAACCUCUUGGGCUUCCACUUUCGGCCACAGAGUUUUCCACUUUACAGGUGAUUACGAGUACAUAGAUGUGAUGAUCAUGGACAACAACAUUAGCAACAAGGCAACAAGGCUGAUACUGGAUAUGGAUUUUAGGUCUCAGUUUGAGUUAGCAAGGCCUACACAGACAUACAAAGAGCUUAUUAACACGCUUCCUUCAGUCUUCAUCGGCACUGAAGAGAGACUUGACAAGAUAAUCUCGCUGUUAUGUUCGGCGGCUAAAGAAUCAUUUAAAGAAAAGGGUCUCCAUAUUCCUCCAUGGAGGAAAGCCAAGUACAUGCAGUCCAAAUGGCUCUCCAAGAACUGCAAAAAGGUCUCAGUCAUGCACAACCCUGAACUGGUAGACUUGGAUGCAAGAGAAGAGGGAAACAGCACCGCAUGUUGUUCCUCCAUCUUUUAACAGAGGAGCACUAACCUGGAGCAAAUAAUAAAAGCCUAGAGAAGAAAGAAACACAGGUGCAUCAUGAUGGGGUGUGGCCAAUUAGUCCAAGCCAAUUUUGUCACUACAUGUUAGUUUGGAGCUUUUUGUCUUUUGAUCGAAUAUUUUUCAAAAGUAAAUUUCGGGACUGUUUUCGAGGCAAACCUCAGCCUUGAAUUUUGUACGAACGCUUCUGCAGACCAUAUUAUUAUUCGAACUGUACUAGCUUUGCCAAUUUUGUUAGAUGGCGAUCAUGAACUGGGGAAAUAUUAACGCUACUAUAUAGAGUUUGUUACCCUUGUGAUCUGCAUUUGCCAUAAAAAUGUAUAUCGGGCAAGUUUUGUUGACGCUGACCAGAACAUUUGAUCUUACUUGUAUGGCAAUAUCACAGGCUG